AUGAAGAUACUGAGUCUGGAAAUUAGGGAAACGAAUUACAAUUUGAAUGAUUUGAAGAAGGAGAUGGCUGAAAUGAGACGACUAAUUACACGAUCCAUAAGUGGGAAUGAAUACGAAUCCUUUAUGAUGGGACAACAAUCUAGAUAUAGAAAUAUCACCAUGGAGAAUAAGGGAUCACAUUUGUCCAAGAUUGAAAAUUUGAAGAAGAGAAAAUUUAAGGAAUAUAACAUAACAUUCAACCCUGAAUGGUUUGUUAAUAAUACGACAAUAAAUAUUCCCGAUGAUAGCAAAUGGAUUCUUUCUCUAGGUUCAAAAUUUGCUUUACCAAUCAGUAACGGGAAUUUUUCUACGAUCGGAUUGAUAGCAGAUUUGGAACAAUGGGUACAAACCCUCACGGAUGAUAGAGAAAAGGAUAUCAUCAGAUCUAAGAUAGCAAACAGAAUUAUGACGCACCGAAGAACAAUGAAGAAUAAUGACAAAGAUAAAUUCAUACUAAACAUUUAUGACGAUACAAGAAGAUUCUUGAAACGAUAUAAGGAUAAGAUAAUCAUAACUAAAGCAGACAAGGGAAACAAGACAGUUUUAAUGUACAAAAAGGACUACUACGAGAGAAUGGAUGAGUUAUUGAAAGAUAGAAACACAUACAAACGAAUUUUGAUAGACCCGACACAAAAAUUACAGAGGGCAAACAACAAUCUUAUUAUGGACCUAUAUAAGAAAGAAUAUAUAAGUAUUUAUGAUAAGAGAGUAUUAACAUCAAACGCAGCAACGGCCCCCAGGCUUUAUGGACUUCCUAAAAUCCAUAAACUAAACAAUCCACUUCGUCCAAUAUCAUCAUCGGUAGGAGUACCCUGUUACGAAUUAUCGAAACAUAUUGGGAAGAUAUUGAAGAAUAUUAUACAGGAAAAAUAUAAUAUAAGGAACUCCCUGGAAUUAAAGAUGAAACUGGAUACACUUACAUUGGACGAAGAUGAGAUCCUUAUAUCUUUGGACGUGGUAUCGUUAUUUACAAACAUACCUAUACACCUAGCUAUAAGCAAUAUUAUGGCAAAAUGGAGUUCACUACAGAAUCACACCAAAAUACCAAGAACACAAUUUCUGAAGAUACUUCAAUUCUGCUUGAAUGACAAUAAUUAUUUUGUACAUGACGACAAAUUAUACCACCAGACAUAUGGUAUGCCAAUGGGAAACCCUUUAUCACCGACAGUUGCUGAUAUAAUAUUGGACUGCCUACUGGAUCAAACAUUAGCGGAGCUACAGGAGAAAAAUAUUAAAAUAAAACUCAUCACAAAAUAUGUCGAUGAUUUAUUUGCUAUAAUAAAAUAUGAGGAUGAGGACAUGAUACUAAAGACAUUUAACUCAUAUCACAACAAGUUGAAAUUUACGCUGGAGAGAGAAACGGACAACUCUAUACCAUACCUUGAUAUGAGAAUACAUAGGAAUAACCAGAGGAUAAUAACAGAUUGGUAUAUGAAACCAAUUGCAUCUGGACGAUUAUUGAAUUUCCACUCAACACAACCCAUGAGACAAAAGAUGAAUACAGCGAUGAAUCUAAUUAACAAAGUUAUGAAGAUGAGUGACCGACAAUUUGAAAUAGGAAAUAUGGCGAAAAUUAAGAUUAUACUGAAGAAAAAUGACUUUCCAAAUGAUCUAGUGGAUAAACUGAUAAUUAAGGUCAAAAAUGGGAGUAAUGAUAAUUCUUCACGGGAAAAUGACAAAGAGGACACAUCUGGCAACGCCAAAUAUUACAGUAUACCUUUUAUCCCAAGACUAACUGAGAACAACAAAUUGAGAGAGAUGAUAAAAGACCAACAAAUAAUAUUUGCACAUAAACCAAACAGAACAAUACACAGCUUAUUUACACAAACAAAGACGAAGAUUGAGUGCAGAGAACAAGGUGAUGUAGUGUAUCAAAUUGAAUGUGAUGGCGGAGACAGUGAGGUGUGUGGGAAAGUGUACAUUGGCACAACAAAGAGAAAUUUAGGCGUGAGAAUAGAUGAACAUAAGGCGGACAUAAAGAGAGAAAAACAAUCAACUGCACUAUCACAACACUGCAUUGAAAACGGACACAAACCAAACUUUGAGAGAGUGAAGAUUUUAGAUAAGGAAAAAAGGGAAAAUAAGAGAUAUACGUUGGAGAGCUUGAGAAUACAGCAAAAAUCAGAAAGUGCAAUAAAUACAAAAGAGGAUAAAGAUAAUACAAAUGCAAUCUACACCAUUGCAAUAUUUUAG